GAAGAAAGGGAACGGUCACAUUGCGGUUUCGACCGAGCUGAUCUUGAUGCCUCAUCUGUAUGGUGGGUGGAUGGCGAUGGCGUGAACCGUGGACUCAUUUCAGACUGUCAGUUAAGCCGUAGAAAUGAGGUGGUAUAUAAGGGAUACCAAUCCUCGGAUAUCACAUCGCAACUCAGCCUUGCCUUGCCUUCUUCCUCACUUUCGAACCUAGCACCUACAUACACACAUACAUACCACCUACCUUAUAUUACCCUUGUAAGGAAAAAGAAAAGAAAAUGCAUCCCCUCAAAAACAUCCUCCGCCUAUCCUUCCUCCCCCGAACCCGCACCCGACCCUGGAAGGGCAAAUCCGUCGAGAUCGACUACUGCAGCGUCCACUGCCACAACGAAUACCACAUCCCCAGCGGGACUGCUGCUUUCCCUCUCCCUCCUCUUCCCCCUGCUAGUGAUGGCAGAGUCACCGUCACAGUCAACAAUGUCGGUGACGACAGCGGCAGCCCCUCGCUCUUCAGCGCCUCGGCCUGCGACUCAGACUCGGACUCGGACUGCGAUUCCGAGGUGGCGGUGAACGAAAGCGCGCUGGACCUGGACCUAAACCGGGACCUGCAUCCCCUCGGCGUCGGGGCCAGCAGUCGGGCAGGCCUGGUGCGCGUCGUCAGUUGGGCGAGUAUUCUAAGCCAUCGGUGUCGGUGGACGAGGCGGCAGGAACGCGAUCUUGCGAUCGCGGAGCGCGAGCAAGCAUAGAUCAAAGCCCUAACGGAGGAAAAAGAAGCGCAUGAAGGCUUCCUGCACCAGCGCGCCAAACAGCAGGAUGAUGAGCAGCAGCUGUUUCGCAAGUCGUGGGAUCGGCGACGUUCGAGCGAUGAGCAGCACAGGCGACAGUCGUUUUCGAGUCCGAGUCACGGAGAGAGUCGAUUGCGAAGGAGGCUGAGGAGGCAGGGGACUACAUAGGGGGGGAGGAGGGACAUUGGAAGGCUGGUCCUUCUUUUGAUGGGUUCUUUGAUUCAUUCUUUUGUUUUUCUUUCUUUUGUGAAUAUGAUUUGGUGAAAAGGAUUGAACCGAGGUCGGUUGCUGGGACGAAUAUUGUAU